AUGAGGGACAAUAUAAAAAGAUAGAAAAUAUAUCUUUCCAACCUUAAAUUAAAAGAGAAAAAAAAAAUAAAUAAAAGAUGCUAUCGGUUGAAUACACUCUGUUUUCCACAACGAGACACAAAAUUUAAAGAGAGAAUAUAUAUAUUUGAAGAUUAGAAUUUAUUAUCUUUUGAACCAUUAGUUAAAAGACAGAAAGGGAUGCAAUCGGUUGAAUAAAUGGUGAAUGAUGAUACACCCUGCGGUGACAUUAAAUUAACCCUAUAAGUCCAACUCUCUCAUCUCUGCUAUUGCAUAUAGAUCUUAGAUUAAAGUAGGAAUCCAAAAUGGAUUAUUUCUAUUCAGUCACAGCAACAUCAACUGUUGCCAUCAUUGCUUUUCCACUACUGUUUCUUUUCUCUUUCCUAUGGAUCUCAAGAAGAAACACAAACUCGAAGAAAACAGCACCAGAAGCUGGUGGAGCAUGGCCUAUUAUUGGUCAUCUUCUCCUCUUAGGAGGGCCACAACCACCUCACAUAAGUUUGGCUAACAUGGCUGACAAAUAUGGAAGAAUGUUCACUAUCAAGUUGGGUGUGCAUAGAGCUUUGGUGGUGAGCGAUUGGGAGAUUGCUAAAGAAUGUCUCACCAUAAAUGAUAAAGCGUUUGCCUCUCGUCCAAAACUUGCAAGCUCGGAACUUUUGUGUUACAACAGAGCCAUAUUUGGCUUUGCACCAUAUGGACCUUAUUGGCGUCAAAUACGCAAGAUUGUCACUAUUGAGCUCCUCUCAAAUCACCGACUCCAAUUGCUUAAACAUGUAAGGGAAUCCGAGGUGAAGACAUCUCUGCAACAGUUGUACCAGCUGUGGACCAAGAAGAGAAGUGCUAACUCCGAUAAAGUAUUGGUGGAGAUGAAGGGAUGGUUCAAAGAAGUUACUCUGAACGUGAUUAUGAGGAUGAUUGUAGGGAAGCGAAUUCCAAAUUCCAGUGAAGGAGGUGAGAACAUGAAAUGGAAGAAAUCGAUGGAUGACUUCAUUGUACUAAGUGGAAAGUUCUUAAUAUCAGAUGCUUUGCCGUUUCUGAGAUGGUUGGACAUAGGUGGAGAUAUGAAGUGCAUGAAGAAGACAGCGAAAGAAUUGGACCAAGUUGUGGAGGGAUGGCUACGAGAGCACAAGCAGAAGAGAGCUGAAAAUAAGGCAAAUGGUGAGGAAGAUUUCAUGGGAGUGAUGCUGUCUAUUCUCAGUGAUGGGGAGGAGCACCAUGCUGAUACAAUCAACAAAGCCACUUGUCUCGGCCUUGUCUUAGCCGCGGAGGAUAGCACAGCCACCACAUUGACAUGGGCUCUAUCUCUGCUACUCAAUAAUCGUGACAAACUGAGUAAAGUCCAACAAGAACUAGAUGUCCACAUUGGUAAUGAUAGAUUACUUGUGACUGAAUCAGAUAUAAAAAACUUAGUGUACCUUCAAUCCAUCAUUAAGGAAACUCUACGCCUAUACCCUCCUGCUCCACUCUCCGUGAUCCAUGAAGCCAUUGAAGACUGCACAGUUAAUGGAUACCAUGUUUCAACUGGCACCUGGCUUAUUAUGAAUCUUCAUAAGAUUCAUCAUGAUCCACUUAUAUGGGCAAACCCUUUUGAAUUUCAACCUGAAAGAUUUAUGACUACCCAUAAAGACAUUGAUGUAAGGGGACAAAAUUUUGAAUUGGUUCCAUUUGGAAGUGGUAGAAGAAUGUGCCCUGGAGUUUCAUUUGCACUUCAAGUUUUGCAGCUUACGUUGGCUAAUGUGUUGCAUUGGUUUGACUUUGAGACUCCAUCAAACGAACCUAUUGAUAUGCGUGAAGCAUUUGGGAUAACGAUUUCUAAAGCAACUCCACUAGAAGUUCAUAUAACUCCUUGCCUACCUGCUUCUGUUUAUGAUUUCACUAACUAAUUGGUAUUUUAAUUUUAUUAUAAAAUUCAAUAAAUUUCUAAGGUGCUAUACUUACCAUAUGCAAGGUUUGGUAUUUUAACUUUCUAAGAUGUCAUUCUUGGCAUGUAAUUUUUUUAUUAUUCUAUAGAAUAAUUCUUUCGGGGUUUGCUUUGAUUAAUUUUAUUGUUGUAGGAUGAUUUAUUGUUUUCCCUUGGCCGAAUGAGAGAAGAAAGAGCUGUGUUUGAUGGGAGCAAA